AUGCCUCCAAGAAAGAAGACCAGAAGCAACAACAUAACUUCCCAGGAUGGGCCAAGCCAUGCUGACUCAGAGUCAAGGCAACAUGCCUCUUCUAGAGAAGAAGAACGUGCAAGUGAGGGAACUUUUACCCUCACAGAUCUUGUUGCAGCCAUUCGUGCUAUGGGUGAGACCCAGAGGGAGAUGGCAGAGAUGAUAAAAGAACUCAAAAAUUCGGCUCCAAAGCCAAGUGAAGUGAAUGAGAAGCACCCACAGGAGGAAUCUGCUGCUGCCGGAAAGGAGUCUGAGCAGAAGGGACCAUCUUUUGUCACUCAGGAGGACGUUGUUGCCAUGCUGGAAAAGGAGCUGAGUCGAAGUCAGGAAGAUUGGAAGUAUCUUCCUCAGCCGCCGUAUCCAUCAAGCUUACUCCAGCAGCCAUAUUCUAAAGGCUAUGAAGCACCGACCUUUGUCCUCUUUGAUGGACGAAAGGGGAGCCCGAAGGAGCAUGUCAAUCGCUUCAUCGAUGCCUUGGGACCGUAUGCUGGUGAUCAUAAUCUUCGACUUAGAGAAUUUUCAAAGAGUCUCACCGAUCGUGCUUACACAUGGUAUACAACGUUGGCACCAGGCUCUAUUCAUUCCUGGGAAAGUCUGGCAAGCAGGUUCUGUAAGAAGUAUUUCCAGCAUGAAGCAGCUGCCGUGACAUUUCAUAAUAUCACGGAAGCUGAAACAAGUGUGAUGGAACGUUAUUUAAGCAUGAAACAGGGGCCCACAGCUUCACAGGUCCUUCAAAGAAACCCAAAGUUCAAAUCACUCUUUGACCAACUUGGCUUCGGGCCUCAAGCAAGAGAAGCAGCUGCUGUAGCCCUGAUGAAUAUCUCUGAGGAGUCUAAUUCUCAAUGCUUUACAACUCAACCACAAGGGUCAUUCUUGGGAAAUGACAAUGCUAUUGUCUUUACGAACGAAGACAUGGAAGUUCCAUACCCGGACCAUAGGAGGCCGCUUUACUUGGAGGGACAAAUCAAUGAUGUGUUCAUAAGGAGAGCUUUGGUGGACACGGGUUCCUCUGUCAACAUAUUACCUCUGUCUGUGCUUACGGCAGCUGGUAUCCCAUUGUCCAAAAUUGUCCAAUCACAAACAAACAUCAGUGGUUUCGGAAAUAAGAGUGAGGUCACAGUCGGGCAUCUACAAGUACAUUUGAAGGUUGGGCCAAUUCGGUCACUUACUAAGUUCUAUGUUGUGGAUGUGGAUGUGGCUUACCAUGCUUUGCUUGGAAGGCCAUGGCUCAACAAGCAUAAGCUUGUGGUCUCUACCUAUCAUCAAUGCGUAAAAGGAAGGAUUGGGCUGAGGCCGCUACGCAUACCUGGAAACCAAGCACCUUUCAACAAAGAUGAAGCUCACUACUCUAAGGCGGAAUUCUACACUGAAUGCACAGGUGCUGGAAGCAAUCCAUCCAAGGAUUUCGGGACCUACCUUCCUUCGUGGACUGAAAUUCGUGAUUUAAGCAAUGAGGAGCUCAUCACCAUUGUUGAUCGAGAGAGAAAGAGGCACUCGGAAGUCAACAACCAUGCCUAUGAUCAUCCCCAAUGCUCAAAGGUGACGCUGCCCGAUGGACGUAUCGUGUACCGCUUAUGA